AUGUCAACAGCUGCCCGACGUCGUUUGAUGCGCGACUUCAAGCGCAUGCAGACCGAUCCUCCAGCCGGAGUCUCAGCCUCUCCCAUCCCCGACAAUGUUAUGACCUGGAAUGCCGUCAUCAUAGGACCAGCCGACACGCCGUUUGAAGAUGGAACAUUUCGACUCGUCAUGCAAUUCGAAGAGCAAUAUCCCAACAAGCCGCCGCAGGUCAAGUUCAUCAGCCAGAUGUUCCACCCCAACGUCUACGCCACCGGCGAGCUGUGCUUGGACAUUCUUCAGAACCGAUGGAGCCCUACGUACGAUGUCGCUGCUGUGUUAACUAGCAUUCAGAGUCUACUUAACGACCCCAACACCGGCUCGCCGGCCAACGUGGAAGCCUCGAACCUCUACAAGGACAACCGCAAGGAGUAUACGAAGCGCGUGCGAGAGACCGUUGAGAGGAGCUGGGAAGACUAA